CGAUUUUUUUUUUCCAGUUUCGUGUGCAACAAAGUAACGAGCUUGGCAGAAAGCAGGAGGGUACAGUCACCCCUUCUAAUGUUUGUUUUUUAAUCGUUUGCUAACUGUGUUUUCUCUGAUUUCGAAGCUUUUGACUGAAUAUUGUAAGUUUAAUUCAAAGCGGAACACGCGAUUCAGUCUUCGGACGGUGUUGGGACGCUUUGUGGAGGGACAAGGUUUUUCCCCCCUUCGGUAGAAGGCAGGCGUUUGGCGAGCUUCGAUUGAACACACAGAACCAGGACUAAGCAACGACUCGGUAAGCCAGAGAGACCUGGGAGGACCACGGCACAUCCUCCGCAAGCGCCACGGGGAGUCGGGGCCCGGGAGGGAGCCUGCCAGGCCCUCGGCUUGAUGCACCCAGCCUGCCUUACCUUAGCCACAGUUCGAGAUGGGGGAAACCAAAAUCAUCUACCACCUCGACGACCAGGAGACACCAUAUCUGGUGAAAUUGUCUGUGCCGGCGGACAAAGUUACUCUGGCAGACUUUAAAAAUGUCCUCAAGAAACCAAACUACAAGUUCUUCUUCAAGUCUAUGGACGAUGACUUCGGGGUUGUGAAGGAAGAAAUAUCUGAUGACAACGCUAAACUGCCCUGUUUUAAUGGACGCGUGGUAUCUUGGCUUGUUUCCGGAGAUGGGACUCAAACAGACGCAGGCUCAGUGGCCGAUAGUUUAGAGCCGGCGCCACCCUUGGAGAGGACCGGUGGCAUUGGAGACUCAAGACCCCCUUCCUACCAUGGGAAAGCAGUGAGCGGUCAGGACAGUUUGGACAAUGACACAGAGACAGGCUCCAUGGUGUCGCAAAGGAGGGAGAGAGAAAAGCCAAGGCGGAAGCACUCAAACAACCACGGUGGGAGGCAGAAUGGGUACUCUUCAAGACCAACGGGACGUGGAGGCGCCGAUUACGACAGCUGCUCUUCCUUCAUGAGCAGCGAGCUGGAGUCCACUUCUUGCUUUGAUUCAGAAGAUGAUGAUGCAACCAGCAGGUUCAGCAGCUCAACUGAGCAGAGCUCCUCUCGAUUAAUGAGACGACACCGCCGUCGCAGACGGAAACCCAAGGUUUCCAACAUGGAUAGGUCUUCGUCGUUCAGCAGCAUCACAGACUCUACCAUGUCCCUGAACAUCAUCACUGUAACUCUUAACAUGGAGAAGUACAACUUCUUGGGCAUCAGUAUUGUGGGUCAGAGUAAUGAGAGGGGAGAUGGAGGGAUCUACAUUGGUUCCAUCAUGAAAGGAGGAGCAGUGGCUGCAGACGGACGCAUAGAGCCCGGGGACAUGUUGCUGCAGGUAAAUGACAUAAACUUUGAGAAUAUGAGUAACGACGAUGCGGUGAGAGUCCUGAGGGACAUCGUGCACAAACCGGGCCCUAUUACUCUGACUGUUGCAAAGUGCUGGGACCCAAACCCCCGGAGCUGCUUUGCUCUGCCCAGGAGUGAACCCAUCCGACCCAUUGACCCAGCUGCUUGGGUGUCCCACACGGCCGCCAUGACCGGGGUCUACCCCCCAUACGGCAUGAGCCCUUCCAUGAGCACAGUCACCUCCACCAGCUCCUCCAUCAGCAGCUCAAUCCCUGAGACCGAACGAUUCGACGAUUUCCACCUCUCAAUCCACAGCGACAUGGCAACUGUUGCCAAGGCCAUGGCCUGUCCAGAGUCUGGUCUGGAGGUGCGGGACAGGAUGUGGCUCAAGAUAACAAUCGCUAACGCCUUUAUUGGUUCUGAUGUAGUGGACUGGCUUUUCCACCAUGUAGAGGGGUUCUCAGAUCGCCGUGAAGCACGUAAAUACGCCAGCAACCUGCUGAAAGCCGGCUACAUCCGACACACUGUCAACAAGAUCACUUUCUCCGAACAAUGCUACUAUGUCUUUGGAGACCUGUGUGGCAAUAUGACCCACCUGUCCCUCCAUGAUCAUGAUGGCUCCAGUGGGGGUGCCUCUGACCAGGACACUCUCCCCCCUUUGCCUCACCCUGGGGCUGCCCCUUGGCCAAUGGCUCUGCCUUAUCAGUUUCCUAUUCCGCACCCUUAUGACCUGCCUCAGCCUUUCCACGGUGGGCCUGGUGCUGGCAGCGCAGGAAGCCAGCACAGCGGAAGCAGCGGCUCUAACUGCAGCAAGAAUGAGGGUCGGAAAUCUGGCGGCAGUGGCAGUGAAUCCGAGGUCAGGAGCCACAGAGCUCCGAGUGAGCGCUCAGUGGCUCCCCCAAGUGAGCGAAGCAUCCGCAGCUCAAUCAGCCAGCGCAGUGCCAACUCUCACUCAAUAGCCUAUGGGCCUGGUCUCGUUUAUGGCCCCCCUGGCCUCCCCCCCCCAGCCCGCACAUCUGCCUACAGCUGCACCUGGUGCCCCACAGGGCAGAGAACUGGCCUCAGUGCCCCCUGAGCUCACUGCAUCUCGACAGUCUUUGCGAAUGGCAGUGGGCAAUGCCGGAGAGUUUUUUGUCGACGUGAUGUGACAGUGGGUUGCAGUUCAGUAGCCAAGGAGCACAUUGAGCAUUAUCCUGUCGUAAAGCCAAGAAGGACAGCCUGACGGAGCAGGAAGGAGCACUAUAGCAUUUGCAAUCUUGCAAAUCCUAUAACCUACAACCUUGAUUAAACUUUUUUCAAAUGCCUAAACGGAACCAACCCAGAUUUGCAUGCUGAGAGAAAAUGUUCUUCUUCACCUGUGCUUUUCUUCCUAGUAGCAAUGACCAUACUUUCUUCAGUGAAGAAAUCCCCUCACUCAAGAUGGAACCAAAGCGCCUUCCUUAGUUUCCACCCGGCAGGGGGAGGAGAGUUUGUGCAAGUACAAAGAGCAAGAGGAAGAGGGUGAAGGAGGCGGUGGAAACAGUCAGCAUGUGGAAGAUGACUCAGCACUUUUCCACAUUGAUGUUUUUCAUUUGUUCUGCUCUUAGCUGUGUCCACCUCUUCUCUGCUUUCCUUAUCUAGCAUUUUCUGUCUUCCCCCACCCCUAUCCACGUCAAAACUGAGAGAACGAAGCCUCUUCCCUCAAUCCGUUCUGUCUGUACCCAACUUGCUGACCUCUAAUUUAAAAAUGAAAAGUUAACCUUAAUUUUUAACCUUAAUCAGGUGUUUAAAAUAUUUGCUUGGGAUAAGAGAGAAGAAAGAAAUUUAAAAUUUUGUAUGUAGUUGAAAAGAGUUGCAGAUCCUUUUCUGUAAGAAUGCAUUUGUUUUAUUGUAUACGUAGUUGGUCACAACUAGUUUAAUUUUCAAUCCUUAACAUAAGCAUUCUGCUCCAACAGUCUUUUUUUUUUUUACACUACAUUGUUACAUUUCCAUCUACUAACUGGAGAAUCUCCAGACUGUCUUGUGAUAAUGUAUACUGUAGUGGAAAACUUUUAUCUACCAUGUCUUUCACACUACUUUUAUCAAGAAAAAAAAGUCUUUUUAUUUAUAAAUAUAGUUUUAUGACUCAAAUGGG